CCCCCCCCCGCUGCGCCUGCGCAGGCGCGGAGGGGACGGGUCGGACGCAGAAAUGGCGACCUCCAUAUUCUGCAACCGGCUCUUGGCCGCCGUGACCCUCAGGAGCCACCCGCCCCGGAGGGCGCUGGGGGCCGCCGCCCAGGUUCUGGGGAGUUCCGGACUGUUCAACAGCCAUGGACCCCAAGUGCAGCAGCAGCAGCAAAGGAACCUCUCUCUGCAUGAGUACAUGAGCAUGCAGCUGUUGCAGGAUGCCGGGGUCGCCAUUCCCAAGGGGCAGGUGGCCAAGUCACCGGACGAAGUUUAUGCCAUCGCCAAAAAAUUAGGUUCCAAAGACGUUGUGAUAAAGGCGCAGGUGCUGGCUGGUGGUAGAGGAAAAGGAACAUUCGAAGGUGGCCUCAAAGGAGGAGUGAAGAUAGUUUUCUCUCCAGAAGAAGCAAAAGCGGUUUCCUCACAAAUGAUUGGGAAAAAGUUGUUUACCAAGCAAACAGGAGAAAAGGGCAGAAUUUGCAAUCAAGUAUUGGUUUGUGAGCGAAGAUAUCCCAGGAGAGAAUACUACUUUGCCAUAACAAUGGAAAGGUCAUUUCAAGGUCCUGUAUUAAUAGGAAGUUCUCAGGGAGGUGUCAACAUCGAAGAAGUCGCUGCAGAGAAUCCUGACUCCAUAGUGAAGGAACCCAUUGAUAUCAUAGAAGGCAUCAAAAAGGAGCAAGCCGUCCGGCUGGCGCAGAAGAUGGGGUUCCCGCACAACACCGUGGAUUCUGCGGCGGAAAACAUGGUCAGGCUCUACAACCUGUUUCUGAAGUACGACGCGACCAUGGUGGAGAUCAACCCGAUGGUGGAGGACUCCGACGGGGCCGUGCUCUGCAUGGAUGCAAAGAUCAAUUUUGAUUCUAAUUCCGCUUACCGCCAAAAGGAGAUCUUUGCUCUCCAGGACUGGACCCAGGAGGACGAGAGGGACCGAGCCGCGGCGAAGGCGGACAUCAACUACAUCGGCCUGGACGGGAACAUAGGCUGUCUCGUGAACGGUGCCGGUCUGGCCAUGGCCACGAUGGACAUCAUAAAACUCCACGGAGGGACUCCGGCCAACUUCCUGGAUGUCGGCGGCGGCGCGACGGUCCAUCAAGUGACGGAAGCGUUUAAGCUCAUCACUUCCGAUAAAAAGGUGCUGGCCAUCCUGGUGAACAUCUUCGGCGGCAUCAUGCGGUGUGACGUCAUCGCGCAGGGCAUCGUCAUGGCCGUGAAGGACCUGGAGAUCCGAAUCCCCAUCGUGGUGCGGCUGCAGGGUACACGCGUGGAUGACGCCAAGGCACUGAUCGCGGACAGUGGGCUGAAAAUUCUCGCCUGCGACGACCUGGACGAAGCUGCUAAAAUGGUUGUAAAGCUCUCUGAAAUAGUGAACUUAGCCAAACAAGCCCAGGUGGAUGUGAAGUUCCAGCUGCCAAUCUGAUCUGACCACACAGUGGACGGCCACCGUGGACAGCGGAAGGUUCCAGCCGGGCUUCAUCGUUAAAAAUACUGUGUUCUGUUCUUGUUUCUUUUCUGUUCAGUGUGUGGAAAUUAUAGCGCCAUCUAGGCCUGAAAACCUGUACAAGCAGUUGGUCCGCAUUUAAUCCUGCGGCUGAGAAGGGCUGUCUGCGUCCAGCACGUGCAAUGCGGUUCCCCGUCCCCUCAGUCUCUGUCACAGCCGCCCGCGUCCCUUCCACGGGGCGCGUCUGCAGCGGGCCAGCUCCUCGGUGCUGGACACGACACUCUGUGUCAGUGCGUCCUAGGAAUAAAGUACACACGACUCCAAAGCUUUAUUCUUUAGUGUUAGAAUAUGGUACCUAAUAACGAGCCUCGUUAGUAGAGCAGUGUAAUAAAACGAUGUUUUAUAUACGUGUUUAUCUUCAACACCAAAUACCUAAGCAGAUACGCCCGUCACUAUUUAUAGACGCAGCUUUCAGACACUCCUCAGAAUGUUCUUUAAAUAUCCCAGUGCAGUGACAUGACCGUUUGAACGCCGUGGUGACCAUCGCGAGCGCCAGUAACGGCCAGUCCGCCUGGCCCCGUGGUGCCGAGAAGAGCCCGUGGGCGCGUGUGCAGUCAAGGCGUGGGUACCAAGCGCGGCAGGCAGAGCUGACGAUGUCGAUUUAAGUUAAUAAAAGCCUCCCCGUGUGACCUGGA